AUGAACAUCCUUCGUGUCGGGGCUCUGAAGGACCCGCCGGCCCUGAAGCCGGACCCUCUGGAAGGAAGGCUGCUGGGAGACUAUGACAAGGUCAAGGCGGUGUCUGAGGGCUCAGACUGUCAGUGCAAGUGCGUGGUGAGGCCCCUGGGCCGAGACGCCUGUCAGAGGGUCAACGAGGGGACCUUCAGGAAGGACGACUUCUACACCGUGGAAACCAUCACGUCCGGCUCGUCCUGCAAAUGUGCCUGUGUCGCACCCCCGUCGGCCCUCAAUCCCUGCGAGGGAGACUUUCGGCUCCAGAAGCUGCGGGCAGCGGACAGCCGGGACUUGAAGCUCUCUACCAUCAUAGACAUGCUGGAAGGCGCUUUCUACGGUCUGGAUCUGCUGAAGCUGCAUUCCGUCACCACCAAGCUGGUCGGACGGGUGGAUAAACUGGAGGAGGAAGUUUCCAAAAACCUCACCAAGGAAAAUGAGCAGAUCAAAGAAGACGUGGAAGAAAUCCGAACGGAGAUGAACAAGCGGGGGAGAGAGAACUGCUCCGCGAGCCCCCUGGGCAGCAUGCCCGACGUCCGCUCGGCCCUGCAGAGGGAUGCGGCGGCCGCCUACACGCACCCCGAGUACGAGGAGCGGUUUCUGCAGGAGGAAACCGUGUCCCGGCAGAUCAACUCCAUCGAGCUCCUGCACACGCGGCCCCUGGCCCCGCCCGAGGUGGCGAGGCCGCAGCAGCCCCUGCGCAGGCAGGUGCACCUGAGGGGCCGGCCAGCCUCCAGGCCCACCGUCAUCCGAGGCAUCACCUACUACAAGGCCAAGGUCCCCGAGGAGGAGAACGACAUCGAAGAGCAGCAAGACGAGUUUUUCAGCGGUGACAACGGAGUGGAUUUGCUCAUUGAAGAUCAGCUCCUGAGACACAAUGACCUGCUGACCAGCGUCACCCGCAGGCCGCUGGCCACCCACCAGGGCACCCCUGGGAUGAGUGACACACAGACCUCAGCUGCGGCCUCGCCCUCAGACCCCGGCACCCCUGAGCCCACCCUGUCCCCCUCCGUGGGGCAGUUCCCAGAGCCACCCCGGACCUCCACAUCCCCCGGGCCCACUGCGGAGGCAGGCCUAGAACCUUCCACUCAGGCACCAGCCACCACCGUGGCCCACACAGCCACCCAGCAGCCCCCCGCGUCUGCUUCUGUCCCAGGGGCCUCCGGGGACACAUCUACUGAGGUGCCACACAGGGCCCUGGAGCCUCCCACCACAGUCCCCACAGACUCUCUGGGGAGAGAUGCUAGCACGGGGCGGGGCGGAGCUUCUGCCAGCCCCACGCUGAGCCCAGAAGAGGAGGAUGACAUCCGGAAUGUCAUAGGAAGGUGCAAGGACACCCUGUCCACCAUCACGGGGCCGACCACCCAGAACACGUAUGGGCGGAACGAAGGGGCCUGGAUGAAGGACCCCCUGGCCAAGGACGAGCGGAUUUACGUCACCAACUAUUACUACGGCAACACCCUGGUGGAGUUCCGGAACCUGGAGAGCUUCAAACAAGGUCGCUGGAGCAAUUCCUACAAGCUGCCCUACAGCUGGAUCGGCACGGGCCACGUGGUGUACGACGGCGCCUUCUACUACAACCGCGCCUUCACCCGCAACAUCAUCAAGUACGACCUGAAGCAGCGCUUCGUGGCCGCCUGGGCCAUGCUGCACGACGUGGCCUACGAGGAGGCCACGCCCUGGCGGUGGCAGGGCCACUCGGACGUGGACUUCGCCGUGGACGAGAACGGCCUGUGGCUCAUCUACCCGGCGCUGGACGAGGAGGGCUUCAGCCCGGAGGUGAUCGUGCUGAGCAAGCUCAACGCCGCCGACCUGAGCACGCAGAAGGAGACCACCUGGCGCACGGGGCUGCGGCGGAACCUGUUCGGCAACUGCUUCGUCAUCUGCGGGGUGCUGUACGCCGUGGACAGCCACGACCAGCGCAACGCCAACAUCUCCUACGCCUUCGACACGCACACCAACACGCAGAUCGUGCCGCGGCUGCUCUUCGAGAACGAGUACUCCUACACCACGCAGGUCGACUACAACCCCAAGGACCGCCUGCUCUAUGCCUGGGACAACGGCCACCAGGUCACCUACCACGUCAUCUUCGCCUACUGACCCCCCGGCCCCGCGUGCGGAAGUGUGUGCCUGUGUGUGUGGGUGUGGGUGGGUGCAUGUGGUCUGAGAAAUCUAUAUUAUUUUGUGUGAUGCUGCAGGUGUCCAAGGACAGUUUGGGUCUAUUUUUUUUUAAGUGGAUUG